UCAACGUAUCUCCUCUCCUCCCCACCCCAAGAGCGCCCGCACUUCCCUCGCGCCACCCGCACUAGCUCCAUCCCCAGCCAUGGCAUGCAACCAGCACCUUCAAAAGCUCCUGUACCCGCGCAUGCACCGCCUCCUAUUCACCACCCCACGCGCCCGCAAUGCCGUCGCGACAACCGCCCUCGUCGUCGUCGUUGCCGUUGCCGUCUUCUUCCUCCCCUUCUUCUCCCGGAGUGCCCGCCCCUGACGCCGCCGCGGGCUGCCUCCCCGCGGACCAGUCCUGCUUCGCGGUCUCCGUCUCGGUCGGCGCGCCCUCCUACACCUCGCGCCACGACGCCGCCGCCGCCACGGCGUCCGCGCACGCGUGCUGCACCACCACCUCCUACAUCGCCGUCCUCGGCAUCAGCUUCGGCUCCCUCCUCGCCAUCCUGCUCAUCCUCUGCGCCAUCCGGUGGUACCUUGUGCGGCGCUCCGAGAGCCGGGACGCGGCCGAGGCCGCCGCCGCAGCCGCGGCGGAGCCCGACAAGAAGCGCUCCACGGGGCUGGACGCCGACGCCAUCGCGGCGCUGCCGGAGUUCGCGUACCGGAAGGAGGCGGCGGCGGCGGCGGCGGGCGACGAGGCCGAGGAGAGGGAGUGCGCCGUGUGCCUGGGCGCGCUGGCGGAGGGCGAGGCGGCGAGGCUGCUUCCCCUGUGCAUGCACGUCUUCCACCGGGGCUGCGUCGACGUGUGGCUCAGGGAGCGCUCGACGUGCCCCGUCUGCCGCGCCGAGGUGGUGGCAAGGUGCGCCGGCGAGGGCUGCGCCGACAAGGAGCAGGAGGGCGGCACGUCGCGGGGGUCCACGUCGACGGCGGCGGCGUUGCCACCGCAGGGCAGGCUGCUGGACGACGGGGAAAGGGACCUGGAGGCGCAGCUCUAG